CGUUUAGCGUCUUUAGACAGCGUUUUCAUUUGUAUUACCUAUAUUUCGGAUUUUAAAGUGUUUGUGAGUGCUUUGGUACCUAUCGACCACAAUGAGUGACGAUAAACAUUAUAGACGAGGGAAUAAAAGUCAUUUACGAUUAUCCGCUUACAGAAAAAAGAAGAAAACGUUCCCCUUGAAAAAGAUGGCAAGUACCUUCUUAAAGACAUUAAACACAAUAGUUUUAUUCAAUGACCAUUGUAACACUAGUAUAUUUUGAUUUAGAAUGGCGACCCUGUUUCUUCUGAUGAUCCGUCAUGUUCCCACUUCGGUCCCCACAUAAUUGUGGAGAACAACAAAUUAGUAAGUAGUGGGAGUAUUGUUUAGUUCUGAAACCAAAUUCUGUUUUUUAGAAUGACAAUUUAACAUUUCCGACCAAUUCAGGUGCUCCUUCCUGUAGUCAAUCUUGUUUGAAAAACGAUCUAGUUGAUAAUUUGGGAAAUACAUCUGUAACUUCCCAAAAUAUAGAAAUUUUUGAGGGACGGCGCAUUGUUGAUAUAAAGUCUUUCCUAACAUCAAUCAUGAAACUUGGAGCACAUGGAAAACGGUUUGGCUGCUCUUUAGAAAACAUAUUAUUUGUAAAAGAGGAACUGCACGGUUUAGCUUCAUUGUUGCACAUGAAAUGUUCAAUGUGUAACGAAACAUUUAAGAUCCACACAUCGGAUGAUACUGUUAAUAAAGACGCGGUACUCGCAAUGAUGAGUAUAGGUUCUGGAUUUUGUCAUUUGGAACAAGUGACAUCAUCGCUGGAUAUACCGUGUAUGUCGGCGCGGAUGUAUGAUAGCGUUCACGAUGAAGUGUCUGACGCUUGUGACAUAGCUAGUCUUAAAGCAAUGAGGGAAGCCGCCGAAGAAGAAAAGGAAAUCGCCUUACGCAAUAAAAAUGUUGACAAAAACGGAAUUCCGUUAAUCACUGUUGUCGCUGAUGGUACUUGGUCCAAAAGGUCGUACCACACCAAUUUUAAUUCUCUGUCAGGGGCAGCCGCAAUCAUUGGAUUUCAAACGAAGAAAGUGCUUUUUUUAGGCGUUAGAAAUAAAUUCUGCACUAUCUGUAAAAUAUCCGAAACAGCUGGCAACACCCCCAAUGCUCACAAAUGUUAUAAAAACUGGAGUGGUUCAUCUGCCGCUAUGGAGGCGGACAUAGUUGCAGAAGGAUUUUCCAGAAGCCUAGAAAUGUACGGCCUAAUUUAUAACAAGUUAAUUGCUGAUGGCGAUAGCAGUUGCUACAAGAAAAUUUUAGAUACUCACCCCUAUGAAACAACUGUAGUCGAAAAGAUAGAGUGCAAGAACCAUCUUUUAAGGAAUUUUUCAAAAAAAAUACGCGAGCUUAUCAAAGACACGUUGGCAGGUCCAUUAAUUCUACGUAAAAAAAUUAAGCAAAAUCAACUACGACUUCGGUGGGCAGUUUGCAAGGCCAUAUCGUUCCGUAAAACCGAAGUGAAUCCGUUUAACGAGAAAGUGGGUAACUUGAAGAAAGAUAUACGAAAUUGUAUAUCUCACGUAUUUGGCGAACAUAAGGAUUGUGAAAAUUUGCAGUACUUUUGCAAGGAGUCUUAUAUACCCAAUGGAAGUACAGUGUCUGAUUUGAAACAAACAGAUUUAUACGAUAAGUUGGAAUCGUUUACAAACGUUUUGGUUCGACAUGCUUCAAGCCUAAUUUACGAUGUUGACAACAAUACUGUUGAACAGUUUAAUUCUAUAAUCGCCAAAUAUAUUGGUGGAAAAAGAAUCAAUUACAGUAAAAAACGAUCAUAUCAAAGCAGAUGUGCUGCGGCUGUUAUAUCCCACAACACAAAGCGACCGAUUUAUACAAUAAAAAAAUAUUUGGAUGGUGGGAGGCAGCCCGGAAAAUAUGCAGUACGGUCUGAAUUGAUCAAAAUUAGGCGAAACGAACGUAGAAGACCAAAACCGAAGAAAAAAAAGCAAAAAGAAAAUCGAACUGAGGGUCAUCUCAAUAAACACUAUGGAGACAACUGUGAAAAACCAGAUAUGAACCGUGAAGAAUAUAAUUCUGCAAAGGACGCUUAUUUGAAAAAUUUAAAAAAAACGCAGACUGAAAUUCGCGACAUAGAACGUGCAACGCAAACGCAGGAGUGCAAUUUAUGGUACUUAGAAAGACGAAAAAGACUGACAGCGUCUAAAUUCGGCGACGUAUGCCGCAGGCGGGAUUACACUUCUUGCAGAGUACAAGUAAACUCUAUCAUUUAUCCCCAACAGUUUUUUAGUAACGCUUGCGAGUACGGCCAAAAAAAUGAAAAGAUUGCUAAAGUUGCAGUAGAAGCCAUUAUAGGUACUACCAUCGAACCCUGCGGUUUAUUUAUUGAUCCAAUUUUUCCAUUUUUGGCUGCUUCUCCCGAUGGCCUAAUUGGAGACAGAGGUUUGUUAGAAAUAAAAUGUCCAUGGUCCGCUAGAAAUAUGACGCCCGAGGAAGCGAUUCGAAAUAAUAAAAUAUUAUUUUGGUCUAAAGAGGAAAUUAACAGAAAACACAAGUGGUAUUAUCAAGUGCAAGGCCAACUUCAUAUUGCUGACAGACAGUACUGUGUUUUUGCGGUCUGGACACCGUUAGGGGUUAAAAUAGAAACUAUAUUUAAGAACGACGAGUUUUGGACUAGUGAAAUGGAAGGAAAAUUGUGUUCGUUUUAUAUGGACUGCCUACUGCCCGAAUUAGUUGAUCCGAGAAAAACGCGAAAUAUGGAAAUUCGGGACCCUGAAUCUAUUUUAAGGGCAAUAGAAAACAAGAAACGAAAACGAGAUGCAUAAUCCGGAGAAUUUUAUCUAUAAUUAUAAUUAUAAAGAAAGUUAAUAAAAAUACAGCAUUGUUUAUUUUCAAUGUUUAAUGACUUAUUAAUAUACAUAUGAAUGAAAUUGGAAUAGAGUAGUCCUAAGUACGUACAAAAAAUUUCCUGAAUACGUUUAAUUCGAGGUCUAUUUAGUUUUGCGUAUGUCGACUAGCGGCGCCACAAACUGUACGAAAAAUUUCGCAAACCGCGUAGUUACAAGGGUUCCGUGCACGAAUUCUGGUGCCGUCAUUUUUAGGAAUUUCGUCCUCAUUUUUUUUUACUGUGCAGACGAGGGAUGAAACUACGUACCUGUAGUAACACUUUUUCAAAAUUAACUCUAGUACGCUUUCUAUUUCAAUUUGAAUAUGAUCAAAAUUAAGUAAACUUUAGCGCCGGUUAUCUUUCGUUCUAUAACAAUUAUUUAAAAAGUGCUUCUACACGUACGUAGUUUCAUCCCUUGUCUGCACAAUAAAAAAAAAUGAGGACGAAAUUCCUAAAAAUGAGGGCACCAGAAUUCGUGCACGAAACCCUUAU